AUGGAUGAGGAUGAUGGCCAAUUUGCUCACGAGUUCGGCGAGAGAUCAGGGUCAUCUGAGCCCAACGAUGACCCCUCCAACAAGAAACGCCAUCGCCUUCGCCCAGACCAGACCCGCCGCCUGAUGGAGGUCUUUCAAAAAACAACAAAGCCUGAUUCUGAGAUGCGCAAGGUCCUGGGGAAGCAGCUGGAUAUGACACCGCGCACAGUGCAGAUAUGGUUUCAAAACCGUCGCGCCAAAAUCAAGCGC